CACAUUCCAGGCCUGCUGAAACUUCCCCUAAAAAAUUCUCCAAAAUGGAGCCGUCUCUGCCCCUAGCAACGCAUACGCUAAAAAGCUCAAAGCUGAAAAGCAAGGUUUUCAUUAUUUUCAUUUCUAUGGUGUUAUGCACAGCCUUGCUGGGCCUGCUACAGCUCAAGUUCUUAAAACCCAGAUACAAAGACUUUUAUUCCUUUGAAGUGAAGGAUUGGAAAGGAAGAACCGUGUCCUUGGAGAGAUACCGAGGCAAAGCAACUCUGGUUGUAAACGUGGCUAGUUACUGCCAGCAUACAGAAAAAAAUUACAUCAUGCUGCAGGAACUCCAGCGAGAGUUUGGAUCAUCCCAUUUCACUGUGUUGGCCUUUCCUUGCAAUCAGUUUGGGGAAACGGAGCCAGGUCUGAACGACGAGAUCAUUUAUUUUGCUAAAUCGAAUUAUGGAGUGACAUUCCCCAUCUUCAGUAAGAUAAAAAUUCUAGGUACUGAAGCAUCGCCAGCUUUUAAAUUUCUGAUAGAUGCUUCUAAAAAGGCACCUAAGUGGAAUUUCUGGAAAUAUCUCAUCAGCCCUGAAGGUAAAAUUGUGAAAUACUUGAAGCCUGAAGAACCCAUAGAAAACAUCAAGCAGGAUAUAGCUGCUCUGAUUAGGGAGAUCAUUAUAAAAAAGAGGGAAGAGCUUUGAGGAAGUCCCUGUGCCUUGUGGAUCCAUUGGGCGACUUCACCAUCCAGCCUUAGUACAUUCCUGCUCAAAUAUGGCAAACGCUGAGCUAUCAAUGAUCUUUCUUGACAUUUCAUGCCAUGAUAAACUGAGAAACAGAACUUUCUUUUCUGUUUAGAACUACAAAAGAUGCUGAGAGCAAAAGAAGUCAAGACAUUUGAUAGUGCCUUAAGCACUUUACCCAAAUGAGCCUUGGACCCUACAAACAUGGUUUACAGUGGGAUAUCUGGUUAGGAAAUCUGAUUAUGACCAAUGUAAGAGACUUUUUGGGUGAGAAAGCAUUCACAAUAAAUAUUGCUUUCCUAAA